CCAAGGAUAAGGCGCAUGACCCACAAAUGGCUUCAUACAAAGACAUUCUGAAAGAGAAGGAGAACCAGAACUGGCUUAAAGGCUCCCUCGCACUUAGGAUCACCAAGGCCGGUCUACGGGAUCUUGUAGAAGGCGACUCAUACCGCGUUCAGCAAAAGAUUUAUUCCUCAAUCAUCCAGGCUCGGAACCUCGCACCUGGGGCAUCAUGCAAUCUUUGUCUGACGGAGAACCUUAUACGGUGUCCUACAAAAGGACUGUGCUCAUCUCCUCGAAACUGCAAGUAUCACAAUUCUGCACUAAAAAUGUCCAGACCUUGCCCCUCGCAGAUAUGCGAUGAUUUUCGGGACGAAUUAUGCGCUGUUCACAGAUACGGAGGACCGUCUUGGAAGAACACUAAGGCUGACCAGUGGUGUUCCAGCCAUUGGCAAGUUGCCAAAUCUUUUAUGCCACCUGACGGCUACCAAGAUGUUUCCACGUUUGACGAGACAGAUUUCAAUGGCAUCAUAAGCGUCAUGAUCAACUGUACAGAGAUCCAACGAAGCGUUUCCUUCAAUAUCACUAACCAACCCAACGUUUUAACGACGGCUCGGCAGAUUGGUCGAAGUAUUCGUCAUUCUCCAGAUUUGAAAGUGACAGAUAACGACUUAGCUGACUAUUUUGCCACACUGAAUACACUUCUAACAGACUCAAAAUAUCUUGCUAGUGACAGCAAUGCCCAACAAGCUGUUAUUAAACUAAAACAGCUUGAAAAAGACACUAUUUCAAUAUCGUCCGAAGAUGUCCGUGAACUACUUGAAGAAGCCAGAGCAACAAUACAGGUUGGAAAGCAUGAGCUUGUGAUGUCCUUGGAGACAGGAAAGCAAGAUGUACAAAAUGUGGUUGCUGUAGGUUUAAGAGCAGUUGAGACUGGAAAACGUGAAAUAGAAUCGACGGUGUCGGAGAGUAAAACAUCAAUUGCUACUGUAAAACGUCAACUAGAAGAGACGGUUUCGAAGGGAACAAGAAUGGUUGCAACUGGAAAACGUGAGGUGGAAGAGAUGUUGUUGAAGGGUAAAACGGCCAUUUCAACUGGACAAUUUGAAAUAGAAGAGGCGGUGUCGACGGGUAACAUAGCCAUUGAAACAGGAAAACGUGAAAUAAAAGAGACGUUGAUGGAGAGUAAAACAGCCAUUGAAACUGGAAAACGCGAAAUGAAAGAGAUGUUGAUGGAGAGUAAAACAGCCAUUGAAACUGGAAAACUCGAAAUGGAAGAGACAGUAUUGGAGGGAAAAAUAUCGAUUGAAACUGGAAAACGCGUUAUUGAAGAGACUGCAUCAGAAGCCUUGCUGAGAAUAAGAGACGUUUCUUCCCUGUCAAACGUAGAACGGAAGGAAGAUCUAUUGCAACGGCUGACAAAAUAUUACCGAAAGCGACUCAAUAGUGCGCCCAUAUCGCCCCUGUUGUCGGACAAGAACGAGAAACUUGAUAUGUUUUACGUCCCUCCAAGAAUUUUUGAGAAAAAUCACAGAAAGGUUGGUACGGAUAUGAAAGGAAAGGGAACACCUGUGACAUCUAACCGACAAUUGUUCUGUCAAAUGGAUGAAUUCAGAAAAAAACGUGUUCAUUGUUGGCGAGGCCGGAAUGGGAAAGACAUCAUGUGCCGCAAUGUGUGCUUUAAAGUGGGCAAAUCAGUUAUCAUCAACUAA